CCAACUAACUAAUUAAUUAACUGUGUUACAUUUCUGCACAGUACAUUUUUUCUUACAGUGUAUCAUACAUGUGUACCUGUACACACUGAUGUAACACAGUAUGAACACCUUAACUUAAUUCAAACCUGACACGGUGGCUUGUGCAUUGUUUUAAAUUUACACGCCACUUCAUAAAUUUACCCACAUUUGGCCAGUGGUGGGUCCUAAUUUCCACCCCAGCUCAGGUCCAUCAGUAUGUUUCACAGCUUGUCUGUUUGCCAUGAAGCAGAGGUUCAGCUUUAGUCUCUAAUGUUGAAUUAAACAUAUAGGAUUGUUAGCUCGCAUGAGCAGGUGUUUCACUUCCCCUCAGAAUCUCACAACAGAGCAGAGUUAAGAGGUCUGGAGCUGGAUGGUUAAUCCAGUCAUUUUAAUGUUAAACCUUUAAGUUCGGUUCUUCAUUUCACGUUCACCAUGGUGGCGUAAAAACCCCAAAACAAACGUGUGUCCAAAAACCGGACGAGCAUAUUCACUCUUCUUGAUUUCAUUUGUGUUUGCAGUUGGCCAAUGAGAACAGUCGCUGUCCUUGGAGGAGGGAUUGGGGGUUUGGCUGCAUCCUACUACCUGUGCAAGAGCCCCCAGGUUACCAAGGUCAUCCUUCUAGAGGCAAGCAGUCGUUUUGGAGGUUGGCUGUGGUCCACUCGGAGAUCAGAUGGAGCAGUGUUUGAACAUGGACCCAGAGGGAUUCGACCUGCAGGGGCGGUGGGCUCCAACACGCUCAAUAUGGUGGAUGAUUUGGGUCUUGGAGAGGAGAUCCUGCCGGUCAGCUACAGCCACGUUGCCUCCAGAAACAGAUACCUGUAUGUUAAUGGUCAGCUGCACAAGAUGCCGUCAGGAAUCAGUGGGAUUGUGCGGACAGUCCCACCGUUCUCUCGGCCGCUGCUGCUGAGCGUCGCUGCUGAGAUCCUGGUGAAUAAAACCAAGAACGACGACGAGUCAGUCCAUUCGUUCGUUUCGAGGAGGCUAGGAAAGGAGUUAGCAGACAUAGCUGUGGACAGCUUGUGUCGGGGUGUAUUUGCAGGGGACUGCAGGAAGUUGAGUGUGCGCUCUUGUUUUCCUGUCCUCUACAACGCAGAGCAGCACAGAGGUUCCAUCGUCCUGGGAAUGCUGCUGGGCUCAGGUGAGGCUCAGGUGAUUACCCGCGGCCCUCUGGCUAAAAGAUCUAAGAAGGAGUCGUGGGCACAGUGGUCGUUGAAGAGGGGCAUGCAGUCGUUUCCAGAAGCCAUUGCAGAGAAACUACAACAGAGUGGGAGAGUGCAACUUCACAAAGAGGCUGUUGUUAAGCAGAUUGAUCCUUCAGCCUCUGGUUGGCAGGUCCGUUUGGAGGAUGGAGUCCUAUCAGCCGACCACAUCAUCUCUGCACUGCCUGCUAAAGCUCUUUCUUCAGUGCUGCCCCGCUCCUGCCAACCUCUUACCCAGCAGCUGCAGGACAUCUCCUCAGUAACAGUAGCUGUGGUCAAUCUGGAGUAUGACGGCUCCAUCUUGCCUGUAAUGGGUUUUGGUCACCUCGUCCCGUCAUCGGAGGACCGAGGGUUGCUCGGGGUGGUCUAUGACUCUGUUCCCUUCCCUCAGCACAACAGACCAGAUGGACAGACUACUAGACUGACGGUAAUGAUGGGCGGGGCUUGGUUCGAGGAGGAGUUUGGGGUUCCAGAAGCUGCAACAGCGGAGCGUCUCUUAUCAAGAGCCACUGAGGCGGUGCGCUGCCACCUCGGAGUCACUGCGGCACCCAGCUGGAGUCGAGUGAUUCUGCACAGGGACUGCAUACCUCAGUAUUAUGAGGGACACUUUCAGAGAGUUGAGUCCAUGCGUGGCUUCAUAAAGAACAAUAACCUAGCCCUGUCCUUGACUGGUUCCUGUUACGAUGGUGUGUCAGUGAAUGAUGUCAUCUUCAGUGGACGGACAGCUGUGGAGGAGUUGUUGGGAACUGUAGUAUGAUGAAGCUGGUUGCUAUGAAUCAUGGGAUUCAUGUGGGCUUGAAUCUUCUACCACCUGUAAUGCCUUGAAUCAUCCAGACAUAUCUGACGUUGUUUGGAAAAAGUGCGCUCACUGAUGUCAGCUGCAGCGGUUUGAAUCUAAGAUGCAUCUGAAACUUUAUAUUUUUGCCUGUGUAACUCAAGAUUGUGUUAACACGCCUGAAUGUCACCGCGCAGCUGCUUCAGGUUGUGCAGGUUUUGUUUUUAUUGGAUGGUCUGUGGCGACACAUAUGAGAACGUUUCACUUUAAAUGGCCAACUUGCCACCUGACAUGAUUUGCAGUUUCUUUGUUUCUGUUUCAUUGCAUUUAUUGAAUGUAAUUGCUGAUAAAGAUAAGCUGAUGUAACCUGCA